GCUUGUACGGGCAGCAGCGAAAUCUCGCGAGAACAGAGAGCUCGGUGGGUUUUGGCGGUGAGGGUUGUGCCUGUAGGAGACAGCGUAAGGAGGCUCUGAAUAUGGGUGAUGAUAAGCCGUUCCUCUGUACUGCUCCAGGUUGUGGUCAGCGAUUUACAAAUGAAGACCAUUUGGCAGUUCAUAAACAUAAACAUGAGAUGACACUCAGGUUCGGUCCGGCCCGCACUGACGGUGUCAUUAUUGCUGACCAAACACCAACACCCACACGUUUUCUGAAGAACUGUGAGGAGGUCGGACUGUUUAACGAGCUUACUAGUCCGUUUGAGCAUGACUUUAAAAAGGCUACGGAGGAUGAUAUUAAGAAGUUACCCUUGGACUUGUCACCUCUUGCAACUCCAGUUGUACGAAACAAAAUUGAGGAUCAUUCAUCUGUUGAAUCACAUCGAGAGAGCCCACUGCCUUAUCCUGAAUCCACCACCAGUGACGACAAGGAGGUUUCUUUGCAGCCGACCUCAAUGCCUACGUCCACUAUAGUCCAUCCUGCCUCUCUCCAAGUUCCAAAUGUACUUCUGGCCAGUUCUGACGCUAGUGUUGUUAUUCAGCAAGCCCUUCCAUCUCCAACAUCUAGUUCUGUAAUAACCCAGGUCCCAUCCUCUAAUAGACCAAUAGUUCCUGUGUCUGGCACAUUCCCAGUGCUCCUACAGCUGCCAAAUGGACAGACCAUGCCCGUCGCUAUUCCAGCCACCAUCGCCAGCUCUACCAUCCACAUUCCCACUGCCAUACCAAUCAUAAGACCAGUCACCGUAGUGCCUAAUGUCCCCGGGAUCCCUGGCCCCUGCUCUCCACAACCUGUCCAAUCAGAAGCAAAGAUGAAGCUGAAGGCAGCUCUUAGUCAGCAGCUCCCUCAGGUAACCAAUGGAGAAGCAGAGCAAAACAGAGUCGCUGACGAGACUCCGCCCCCAGUGUCGCUUCCAGUUCCGCCUCCCGCCGAGGACACACGUACACAGUCUCUACAACAGCCAGCCACGUCCACCACAGAGACACCUGCAUCACCAGCCCCUCCUGCUCAGCACACACCCAGCACAGGUGGGAGACGGCGCCGGUCCACCACUGAAGACCCUGACGAGAAAAGGCGGAAGUUUUUGGAGAGGAACAGAGCGGCAGCCUCACGCUGCAGACAGAAACGGAAAGUGUGGGUACAGAGUCUAGAGAACAAAGCAGAAGACCUGAAUUCUGUGAAUGGACAACUUCAGAAUGAGGUGUCUCUGCUGCGGAAUGAGGUGGCCCAGCUCAAGCAGCUUCUUCUUGCUCAUAAGGACUGUCCAGUGACGCUCAUGCAGAAAAAAUCUGGCUACCACUAUUUGGACGUUUCAGUGGUUGAUAAGGAGGACAGCAGUGAAGAGAUGUCCAUCCCUAGCAGCCCUCACAACGAAGCCAUCCAGCACAGUUCAGUCAGCACAUCCAAUGGCGUGAGCUCCUCCACAAUGGCCGGCACUGCCACUGGCCCAACUACGGACCAGAGCACAGAGGGAGAGGAGUCAAAUGGAGGUGUGGCAACCCAAAGUUAGCCCUCUGACAACUGAGUCUUUCUGGUUGUAACCUUUGUCCUGCCAGCCAUAAUGAAAUGAGGUGGAAAUUCUGAAUCCUCAUGGUUCUUCAGUCUGGAGAAUCUGAGUCUGGUUAUUCAUUCUUAAUUCUGAAUUCAUUUCUCAUAAAUUACAUUUUAUUAAAUGUAGUGAAGAUGCAAGGGGAGGCAUGUAGACGGUCCAUUCCUGUUUUCUACUCCAUUUAUGUCCUUUGCAUCUUUGUUUAUUUUAUUUGAUGUGUAUUGUUAGGACUCUUAAAUAUUGCAAUGACUGGUUCAGUGUAUUUAAUAGGAGUCAAAUGCCAUGUCUUAUUUUAAUAGGAAAAUGAUUUGAGCACUACUGCAGGGCCUACACACAGAAGGCUUCGUCACUUUUAUUUAUUUCUUGCCUUUUAUAUUUUGCACAUGAGGAGAGUUUGACUGUUGACAUGAUCACUUCUGACGGCUUUCAGGAGCAGAUUUGAACACGCGUUGUUUUAUAUCUGAUGUUUGAGCACAGUAUAAACUGAUCAUGGGUAAGUUUUUAUUUGUGAGCAAGUAGUUGACUACUUCCAUGAUUGAAUGUUCAUUCACUAAUCUGCCUGUAUAAGCAAGUCUUAAGCCUCUUUGAUAGAAACAUUUGUGCUUUAAAAGCAAUGCUUUGAUCAACAUUCCAUGAGUAGUUUGUUCCAGUUGUGUAACUGUAGGACCUCAGUGUAUAUUUCAUCAUUCAGACAUCUCUUUGAUGUUGGCUUUGCUCUGUGGUGUAUUUUUGUUUUUAAUUUAUUAGUUAGAUAUUUAUUUGUAACUUAUUAAUACUGUUGAGCAGCUGUAUAAAGUGAUAAUGUAUUGUAUAUUAUUUGGUUCAGUAGGAGGCAUGAGGCUUUUUAAUGAGACAUUACUGAUUCUCAUCUGUAGUGUUCUACUUUUUAAGCACUGGUGGAUUCAUGAGAAUUUAGUUAUUUAUUCAGCUUAGUUGAUUAUUGAAUAAUGCAUUUUAAUAAGCAUUGUAAAUGUCAUUAUUAAUGAUUACACUGUAUGUGAUUUGCAGAAAUGAAGUGCGUCCAUUGUGUUGGCUUCAUUCUUUAAACUUAAUUGCCUAAGAAUAACAACAAAUAAUUCAUUACUUGAAGAAACCCUUUAAAUUGUUAAUUAUAUAUUCAUUCAAUAAGUAAGAAAAUCUCUGUUAAGUUGAAAUACAGUUAUGCUUACUGACAGUUUUAGUUCAGUUAGGUUAAAAUCACUUUGCCUUGAUUUAAAAUGAACUGCUUACUACUGUGUAGUUUUAUUGGUGCAUUAUUUCACUUUUUUUGUUUUUUUGUCAUUAUGUUUGACAGGUUAAUUAGUACAGUUUUUUUGUUCUGUGCUUUCUUGCAUGAAUGACUGAGAUUCUCUGAGAGAACUGGAUUGUGUUUGAAUCAUGUCUCCGUUGGAUUAUUGCAGUAAAACAUGUUUAACUUUGAUUCCAUGUGAGGAGGCAGCAGGUUUAUGUUUCUGCUGUUUGUUUAAACUCUACUACGGAAAAAGGAUGUGACUUUUAUUGUGUUGGCAGCAAACUUCAUAAUUUUGUGAAAGUUAUGUAUAAAGUAUCAUAAAUUAAUA